GCAUUGUUCCUUUAACGAUGUGAGGAAACUGGUUGGUCCAGCUCUUAGUGCUGGGUGUUUUGUACUCUGAGUCAUGCUGUACAGGCCAACCUACCUCAUUUAAAGCAGUUUGCUAAUGCUUUUUUUUUUUUUUUGGUUCAGAUGAGCAAGGAACUAAAGCACUAUGGGUAAAAAGUCCUGCUUGAACCUGUAAAAAUAAAGCAAUUUCAGGCUAGGCUUCGUGCGUGGAAGCUGUGAAAUGCACGCUUUUGAUGCUUUCGUGUGUGAGGGUUCUUCCUGUAUUUGCAGAGUUAAUCCCCCUUUUACCUGAGGAAGGGGUUGCCGUGCAUAAACUGAAGUUUCAGUUUAAAUGGCUUCUUGGUAGCCCUAAUCAGCUAAGAGGUUGUUUUUCUCACUGUUCAGCUAAAUUGGAAGUUUUUGUUGUCUUUAUAGCACAUGAAGAGUUCAGAUGGCUUGUUACUGCUAUUCAUGUGUUUUUACAGUAUUUCAAGUGUUUGGUGUUUCAGGAGAAACAUGAAUUUUGUAGAGGAGUUCAAACAGUUCGGUCCUUGUGCUCAGUGUAAGACGAGUAUUAGAUAAACGCGUCGGGAGAUGAGUGAGAAAAUUUCUGGAAGAUCUUUAGCCAUAAUUUUUUACGUUGAGUUCUUUAUCUUUUGACUGGCACACGAGACGUUUGUGUGGAGGUUCUUGUGUUUUCACAUGCCUUACCUGCUAGAGUUUCCGGAGGUGACACCCCUCCAUGAGCAGCCCAUGUUUUGCUUCCCUUUGUUUCAAGUUGUUUGCUUGUUCUGAUCAGCUAGCAAAGGUUGCAUUUAGCUGAAUUGUCAGUUUGCUCAAAUAAACAGAUGUCUAAUAAUAAUUUGGUGGGCAUCUCAUUCGUUUCCUCUUUUCACCCUUUCGAGAAGUAUUUUGUAAAGCACUGUCUUGCCGUGGUUGAGUGGUGAGGUUGUCCCAUUGUUUUUGCUGCUAAGAACAGGAGAAGGUGAAAUUAAACGUGGGAGAUGAUGGAGAAAGAGUUAACUUAAAAAAAAAAAAAAAAAAAGAGGAAAGAAGGACAAAAAAAAAUCCUGACCCGAAUGGGUAGUUGAAGGUGCUGUGCUACAGAGUGGGCAGGAAAGGGGAUGAGGAAGGACUGCCAAAAAACAAACCCUAAAACUUGUUUUUCUGCUAUCAGUAAUACUGUUGGUGGUAACAACAGUUACUUGAUUUAGUAAACAAGAGAGGGAAGAAAGUACAGCUUCUUUAACAUGCUGCCCUGCUUCCAGGACAAAACUGUAAUUCAAACUCUUUGUGUAGAGUUGUUCACCGGGUACAGAGUGAUGUAGGAUUGGGGUAAUCUGGAAAGAAACUUGAAACUGCUGUUGCUUCAGGAGCAGAGCUAGUUCUUUCACAGUACUUUCUAGAGGCAGCUUCAGGAGGGCUUUGGCUCAGCACCCUGGAAGUGGCCUGCUGAGCUCCUGGACCACAGCUGGCUCUCUUGUUUACAUUCAUGUGAUGCUACAAUGAUGGGGCUGAGUUGGAUUAUAGAGAGCUAGCUCUGUCCCCCCUUCUGCGGUAGGGAUCACUGAUGCAUGGCCUAGUUAAUUUUACAGCAUAUAAUAGAAACGUGAUUAUACCAAAGAAACAGAAGGUAGAUGUGCUCUCCGAUGUGUAUAGGUAGCAAUUUGUAAUGAGCUUAUUCGCCUUUAUGUGAGUAUCUUGUAAGCAUUGUUAGAAAAUAAGUUGUUUCUAAUUCUUUUUCCCCUCAGGAAUCUUUCGAUGAUGCAUCACCAGGAAAACAAAAAGAAAUCCCAGAAGCAGAUCCUACAUAUGAAGAGAAAAUGCAAACAGACAGAGCAAACAGAUUUGAGUAUCUGUUGAAGCAGACUGAGCUGUUUGCUCAUUUCAUUCAGCCUGCUGCUCAGAAAACUCCAACUUCACCUUUGAAAAUGAAACCAGGACGUCCACGAAUAAAGAAGGACGAGAAACAGAAUUUACUGUCAGUUGGCGACUACCGCCAUCGUAGAACAGAACAGGAAGAAGAUGAAGAGUUGUUAACAGAAAGCUCUAAGGCAACAAAUGUAUGCACUCGAUUUGAAGAAUCUCCAUCAUAUGUUAAAUGGGGAAAGCUGCGUGAUUAUCAGGUCCGAGGACUGAACUGGCUCAUCUCUUUAUAUGAAAAUGGCAUCAAUGGAAUCCUAGCAGAUGAAAUGGGUCUUGGGAAGACACUGCAAACAAUUUCGCUUCUUGGGUAUAUGAAACACUACAGAAAUAUUCCUGGGCCUCACAUGGUGUUAGUUCCUAAAUCCACUCUACAUAACUGGAUGAAUGAAUUCAAGAGAUGGGUACCUACGCUUCGAGCAGUUUGUUUGAUUGGUGACAAAGACCAGCGAGCUGCCUUUGUCCGAGAUGUGUUGCUGCCAGGAGAAUGGGAUGUCUGCGUAACAUCGUAUGAAAUGCUUAUCAAAGAGAAGUCAGUAUUCAAAAAGUUUAACUGGAGAUACCUAGUUAUAGAUGAAGCCCACAGGAUUAAAAAUGAGAAAUCAAAGUUAUCAGAAAUUGUGAGGGAAUUCAAGACUACAAAUCGGUUGCUGUUGACUGGAACUCCGCUUCAGAACAACUUACAUGAACUCUGGGCACUUCUUAAUUUUCUUUUGCCAGAUGUAUUUAACUCGUCUGAAGACUUUGAUUCGUGGUUUGAUACAAACAACUGUCUAGGGGAUCAAAAGUUGGUGGAGCGUCUCCAUAUGGUGCUACGACCAUUCCUUUUACGUCGCAUUAAAGCUGAUGUAGAGAAAAGCUUGCCUCCAAAGAAGGAAGUUAAAAUUUAUGUGGGUCUCAGCAAAAUGCAACGAGAAUGGUAUACACGAAUCUUAAUGAAGGAUAUAGAUAUAUUGAAUUCUGCUGGGAAGCUGGACAAAAUGAGGCUGUUGAAUAUCCUUAUGCAACUGCGAAAAUGUUGCAAUCAUCCGUAUCUCUUUGAUGGAGCAGAACCUGGUCCACCUUACACAACAGAUAUGCAUUUGGUCACCAACAGUGGCAAAAUGGUAGUGCUGGACAAACUACUACCUAAGUUGAAAGAACAAGGUUCAAGAGUCUUAAUCUUCAGUCAGAUGACCAGAGUCUUAGACAUCUUGGAAGAUUAUUGUAUGUGGCGAAAUUAUGAAUAUUGUAGGCUGGAUGGACAAACGCCUCAUGAUGAGAGACAGGCUUCUAUUAAUGCAUAUAAUGAACCUGGUAGCUCAAAGUUUGUGUUCAUGUUGAGUACACGGGCUGGAGGUCUUGGAAUCAAUUUGGCUACUGCUGAUGUUGUAAUUCUGUAUGAUUCAGACUGGAAUCCACAAGUAGAUCUUCAGGCUAUGGAUCGAGCACACAGAAUUGGCCAAACCAAGACUGUUAGAGUGUUCAGAUUUAUCACAGACAAUACAGUAGAAGAAAGAAUAGUGGAACGUGCAGAAAUGAAACUCCGGCUAGAUUCCAUAGUCAUUCAGCAAGGAAGACUGGUGGAUCAAAACCUGAAUAAACUUGGAAAGGAUGAGAUGCUGCAAAUGAUCAGACAUGGAGCAACGCAUGUGUUUGCCUCAAAGGAGAGUGAGAUUACAGAUGAAGAUAUUGAUCACAUUUUGGAAAGAGGUGCAAAGAAGACUGCAGAAAUGAAUGAAAAACUCUCAAAGAUGGGUGAAAGCUCACUCAGAAAUUUCACAAUGGAUACAGAAUCCAGCGUAUAUAAUUUUGAAGGGGAAGACUACAGAGAAAAACAGAAGAUUGCAUUUACAGAGUGGAUUGAACCACCUAAACGAGAAAGAAAAGCCAAUUAUGCUGUGGAUGCAUACUUCAGAGAGGCUCUUCGAGUCAGUGAGCCAAAAGCACCCAAGGCACCACGGCCUCCAAAACAGCCAAAUGUACAGGACUUUCAAUUCUUUCCUCCACGCCUGUUUGAACUAUUGGAAAAAGAGAUUCUUUACUACAGGAAAACAAUUGGUUACAAGGUACCUCGUAAUCCUGAUCUACCAAAUGCAGCCCAAGCACAAAAGGAAGAGCAGCUUAAGAUUGAUGAGGCUGAACCUCUUAAUGAUGAAGAAUUAGAGGAAAAAGAGAAGCUUCUAACCCAGGGAUUCACUAACUGGAAUAAGAGAGAUUUUAACCAGUUCAUCAAAGCCAAUGAGAAGUGGGGCCGUGAUGAUAUUGAAAAUAUAGCACGAGAAGUAGAAGGAAAAACCCCCGAGGAAGUCAUUGAAUACUCAGCUGUGUUCUGGGAAAGAUGCAAUGAACUUCAAGAUAUAGAAAAGAUCAUGGCUCAGAUAGAAAGAGGAGAAGCUAGAAUUCAGAGACGGAUCAGCAUAAAAAAAGCACUUGAUACAAAGAUUGGCAGAUACAAAGCCCCUUUCCACCAGCUAAGAAUAUCAUAUGGUACCAAUAAAGGGAAGAAUUACACUGAAGAGGAGGAUCGCUUUCUAAUCUGUAUGCUUCACAAGCUUGGCUUUGAUAAAGAAAAUGUGUAUGAUGAAUUGAGACAGUGUAUCCGAAACUCGCCGCAGUUCAGAUUUGACUGGUUUCUCAAGUCUAGAACUGCAAUGGAGCUGCAGAGAAGAUGCAAUACUUUAAUCACCCUGAUCGAAAGAGAAAACAUGGAAUUGGAAGAAAAGGAAAAGGCAGAAAAGAAGAAACGUGGACCAAAACCCUCUUCGGCACAGAAGCGUAAAAUGGAUGGUACUCCUGAUGGUCGUGGAAGAAAAAAGAAGCUAAAGCUGUGAACGCAGAAUUUUUGUAAUCACUAAAUUUAAAAAAAAAGUAGUUCUUUAAUUUACGGGUCUUCAUAAGAUGUACUGUACAAUGCUCAACUAUUAUGUCAUUAAAGGACAUCGGGUUCAUCUGUUUACUGAACUAGAAACAUAGUACUUAAUGUAGUUUCACUUUUUUAAAUGCAACAGCUGUGCUGAAUUUUUUUUACCAUUAACACUUGAAGUAAUAAAUAGGCUUCAUUUAUUAA